UCGAGGUUGUGGGAGUUGAAGACGGUGUGGGCAGGUCUUUGGGGUCUUUCAGCGGCUGCAGAUCGUCCAAACAGUGCCGGGCCGUGUAUUUAACGUUGUUAUUCUCCGUUGCUAUGGAAACCAAGCCAGAAGACGAUCCGUGGCUGCCGAGAGAGUUGCCCCAUCGUGAUGACGUAUCGGAACCGUUGGUGCUGUGGAUCUCGACGACGUGCGUGGACGAGAUGCCGCUGCUGUUUGAUGAGGCGUCAAAUGAGGAAGCUCCUCGAUGUAGGUGAUGAGAUGACGCAGAGAGCGUGUGAUGGCCCCGUGGUAAUGAAUCCUAUUAACAAAAACGACAAUUACAGUUGAAUUUUUUUUUAUUGCUUAGAUGGGCGGACGUGCUCACAGCCUACCUGAUGUUAAGUGGUUACUGGAGCCCAUAGACAUCUACAACGUAAAUGCGCCAACCACCUUGAGAUAUAAGUUCUAAGGUCUCAGUAUAGUUACAACAGCUGCCCCACCCUUCAAACCGAAAGGCAUUACUACUUCACGGCAGAAAUAGGCGGGGUAUAUACCUAUCGGUGCGGACUCACAAGAGGUCCUACCACCAUUUUUCCAUUGUUUAUAAGAUAUAUGAGCUGACAACAUAUUAGGUAAGUACCACCACUGCCUAUUUGUGCCGCGAACCCCACAUAUGGCUCGGUUGGAUGGAUGGGACCCCCGCUGUACAUAACAAUUGAAAAUUCGACUUCAUAUUUCUGUGGUGGUUUGGUUAGCAGCCCUGGCUGUUACGUCGAGGGUCAUAAGUUAGAUUUCCACGUCGAGCAAAUAGAGUCUUCAAAAGCAAAAUCUGCUCUUAACUAUUUCAGGAACAAUGUUGAUUAUAAUAUAUGUGCUCGGGCUCUUGCUGGUAUCCACCGGCGGUCAGUACGCGAAGUCGGGGGUCAAAGGUGGCUACGGAGGUCGCGGCUUCCAAGAUAACACCAAUGAGAACAUCGCCAAAUUUUACGGGAACAACACCAGCCAUGGUUUUCUAUCGCAAAACCAUACGGUUAAUACCAUGAGCGAUAUCGGAGUAUGUUAUAUCGAAGUACCUACAGCUCAACUUGUCGAGGAUCAGAAGCAGAUACCUAAAGGAAACGGAUCCCGGCCCGAUCUCAGCGUCAUUCGUUCUUGCUGCAAUGGCUACGUGAGGAACAUCUACAACCCUAACAUUUGCGAGCCGCACUGCAGCAAAGGAUGCGUCAACGCAUUGUGCACAGCGCCUGAAAUCUGCACGUGCUUCCCUGACCACGUCAAGAACGCCGGCGGCUUCUGCAUCGCUACAUGCCCGAUUGGAUGUCAAAAUGGCCACUGCUCCGGUCGAGAGUGCGUCUGCAGGGAUGGCUUUAAACUAGACUACGGACGUAAAUACUGUGUGCCAGCUUGCAGUAACAACUGCGCCGGUGUCGGUAAUUGCACUUCACCAAACCGAUGCGACUGCGCACCUGGUUAUCAGGCAACACACGAUGGAUCGUGCAGUCCACAAUGUCGCGAUUGCGCGCCCGAUGCUUGUGUUGCUCCAAAUGUGUGCUCAGGCCCUACCAGAAUUCCGUUGCCGGGACAAAACACCCAAAUCCCUACAUCUAAUUAUCCAGGAUAUCAUAGUUCCACUUUUUACAAUCGUCCAGGGAUCGCACAAGGUCCUCUUCCCACCCAACAGCCGAAUUAUGUUGUCGGUCCCUCAUACGGAAGCAGCCAACCAGUUUCUGAUAAUCAACUAAAUGGUCCUUUACACAACACUAGUUUAUAUCCUUCUUAUUCGUUGCAACAAUUGAACAAUAGCUAUCCAGGGCAACAGCCUCAGUAUCCUCUACCCAACCAGCCUCAAUAUCCUUGGCAGCAAAACCCGCAUUCCAAUCAGCCAAACUACACCUUAUUGAAUAGCACUCUACACCCACAUUGGAAAAAUAAUUACUUUGAUUCCAAUCCAUCACCAUAUCAACCACCAUAUCCAGGACCAUUACCGAGCCCGGGCCAACAGCCCAUUUAUCCAACACAACAGUUUAAUCAAACUCAAAUGCCACCUCACUAUCCUAAUCAAAACGUUUAUCCUUAUCCUUCUCCACUUCAGCCUUGGUUUCCUGGACAAAUACCCGCAAACGGUAACCACACGCAAAACGGCUUCCUGGACUUAUCCAAUCGCACUGUACCUGGUCAAGGUGGCUUCCCUCCCCAUCAAGGCUACUAUCCGUAUCCGCUUUACCAACCGUCGUAUCCUCAACCAGGAUAUUUUCAGCCCAAUCAAUCCAACUCCGGAUACUAUGGGCAGCAACCAACACCAAGCACAGAUUCCUUACAUGCGGGCUAUUAUAACAAUUAUGACGGGUCAAAUCCUCAGGCGCCUGUAUGCUCUCAGCCUUGUCUGAACGGAGUCUGUGUCGAAGGCAACAGAUGCUCCUGCAACACUGGAUAUGUCACUGAUAGUAUGGACCCCAGUGGAUUUAGGUGCAUACCUCACUGUGCCGGAGGGUGUCCUAAUGGUGUCUGCUCGGCACCAAACCUGUGCAUCUGUAACAUGGGCUAUAAAAAGGACACUAGCGUCAAGGGCAGAUCUGUAUGCGUCAAGAAAAUCAGAUGAGAUGUACAAUAAAUAAUAUACUAAUUAAUAUUA